AUGACGAGGCGUCGGCGGUCCGGCCGCAUUUUAUGGCCCGUUAUCGGCGCGAUCCUGCUAUUUGUUGUUGUUGAGCAGACCCAAUCGGUGAGUUGUUUUAUAAUUUGUGGCUAGAUUUGUAAAGGCACGGGGCCGUUUUUUGGCCCAGUCGUUUUGAAAUUGCGUAGGCCUGGCUUGACGGGAAACCUUGACAAGAUGAUGCUGAGACUGAGGCUGAACUAAGGCCGGGUUAAGGCUAAGUUUAAGGCUAAGGCUAAAGCUAAGGCUGAACUGAGGUUGGGCUGAGACCGGACUAAGACUAAGCUAAAUUUAAAGCUGAGGCUUGGCUCAGGCUGGGCUGAAACUGGAGCUGAGGCUGAGUUAAGGAUGAGUUGAGGCUGGGCUGUCGCUGGGCUGAGGCUCUGUUGAGGUUGAACCGUGGCUGGGCUCGAAGCAAGUCUUGGCGCUUUUGACUCUGUGAUACAACGUGCAAAAGCGACAAGACUUUUUUGUCGCUCUGUCUAUAGUGAAAGCAUAACAAAUCUCUAGAAAAUUCUAACUUCUUCAAAAAUUUUUCGUUAUAUGGGGGUGUUUGUUAUAAGAGAGAUCGUUAUACAGGAGUUCUGCUGUAGAAACAUGCUUUUAUGUUUUAAGGCGAAGUUUUAAGGCCAUAGAAAUACGAUUUUUAUAUAAAAAAAUGGCUGUUUUGGCGGUAUUGCAAAGAAAAAUGGCUUUAAAUUAUGUAAAUCAAUGCUGAGGCUGCUGGUGUUUUUGGCCACAUUUCUGGCCUGAUCAACCAUGUAAAAAAGUGUAGCAAAACUUCUGAAUAACGAACAAAUUUGAAAUUAAUUUUUUAUCCAAGGGUUGUAUUUUACACUGUGUAGCAUUAGCCAGAGAUUUAAAAGUUGUUUGUUAUACUGGAGUUUUGUUAUACAAAUCAUACUGUAUUAUCACAAACUUUAACGAAAUUUUAAAACACCAUGCCAAAAAAAAUUUUUGUGUUGCAAAAACUUUAUUUGCGAUUUUUCAAAUUUUAAUUUUUUAUUUUUCUUGCUCCUUCGACCACAUAUUUACUUUUACAACCCCCCCCUCCCAAUCGCAUAUUAACUUUUUGCCAACGGCUUUUUGUCAAUAACCAGCCGGCUUUUAUAAAUAUCCAAAAAAAAUAUAUAUUGCCGGAGGCGGUUGGUGUGCAAUCAGCGAAAAGGUCAUUAAUUUCGGGACGUUCAAACUCUUGGGGCACAUGAAAAAAGGCGAGGGAUGAGUCACGACAGGUGGCCAUCGUACCAGCAUUCAGGUGUCGGGAAAAGCCAACUUUUUUCCCGUUUUUUUUUGCAGUUUGGAAUCAGGAAGAAGUUUAAGGAAGACAAAAACUUCUGAUUUAAAAAAAAAUUUAAAUUUUUAAAAAUUUUUAAUUUACUACAUUAAAACUCUUGUAUAACAAACAAUAAAAGCUUAAAAACGCAUUUUAAUAGCUAAAAUAAUUUUGAAAUUCACUUUUAAUGAUUACUACUAAUAUGAACUGUCAUUUUUCACUAUUUUUGAGCAUUAAAACAGAAUGCCAAAAUUGGCGGGAAAAAUCAAAUUCAAAAACGCAUUUUUAAAGGCUGAAUUAACUUUGAAAUUCACUUUUAAUGAUUACUACUAAUAUAAAAUGUCAUUUUUCACUAUUUUUUGAUCUUCAAAACAGAAUGCCAAGAUUGGCGUAAAAAAUUAAAUUCAAAAAUAAAAACUGAAGAUAAGCAUUUUUAAUGUCUAAAACAAGUGAGAAGUAGAGAAUAGCUUAUUAGGCCAUCACUAAUUCCGGCCAAACAAAGUUUAAAAGUAGCCGAGCCAGAUCGCACAGGCCCAAAAGCCAAGCUUAACCCCAGUGGCUCCCAGUUUAGGUCUCGCAACGAAAGAUUUACUUGUGAAAAAUUCUAAAUGAGAUGUCAAUACAAUACAUACUAAACAAAACUAUUUUCAGCAAGCCACAUGCCGAGACUGUACGCAACGAGGCUGUUUCUGUGUGGGAGAGAAGGGUUCUAUGGUAAGUUUGUUACUCAUUUUUUAAAAAUUUAAACAAAUUUUAUAUGAAAUCCAAACAAAAAUCAGAAAUAAGCUUAAGCUUAGGCUUAGUAGGCUUAAAAUUUUCUUUAAUAAGCGUCUGUUCAACAAGAUUUUUUCGGUCGAAAAAUUUGAAGAAAGCCUUUGAACUGACCAUUGGCCAGAGGUUAAUGAAGACUGAUUGGGCUGUCAAGUAGAAUUUGAUUUUUUACGUUUUUAGGUUGAGAAUUUCAGUUUUACACUUUGAAAUUUAAUUUUAGGCUUAUAAAUUUUAAUUUAGGGAUAUGAAUUUAAGCUUAUAAUUUAGUUUUAGGCUAAUAAAUUCAAUUUUAUGCUUAAAAAUUAAUUUUAAGCCUUUACGUUUAGCUCUUAAAAUUAAUUUUUAGGCUUAGAACUUCAGUUUUAGACUUUAAAAUGGAUUUUAGGCUUAACAAUUUAGCCUUAAGCCUAAAAUUUAGAUUUAGAAUUAAAAUUAAUUUUUAGGCAUAAAAAUUUAGCUUUUUUAGGCUUAAAAGUGGUUUUCAGGCUUAGAAUUUCGAUUUUAGGUUUAAAAAUUCAAUUUUAUGCUUAAAAAUUAAUUUUAAGCCUUUACGUUUAGCUCUUAAAAUUAAUUUUUAGGCUUAAAAAUUUAGCUUUAGGCUUAAAAUUGAUUUUCAAUUUAGAAUUUCAAUUUUAGGCUUAACAAUUAUUGCUUAAGUUCAAAAAUAGAUGUUAAGCCUAAAAAUGAUGUUUUUUUGUUUUUAGGCCUAGCAGUUAAAUUAUAGGUUUAUAAACUUCGGUUUAGGCUUAAAAAUUCAAUUUUAGGCUUAACAAUCGAACUAAAUUUUCAUUUUUUGUUUAAAAUUUUAAGAAAUUUAAAAAAUUAUUCAAAUUCGCAUUUUCCAGGGAACACCUGGACCCCAAGGUCCACCUGGAGCACCCGGAACUCGCGGCUUCCCCGGACCCGAAGGUCUGCAAGGGCCCAAAGGUCAGAAGGGCGCACAAGGACCACCUGGACCACAAGGAAUCAAAGGAGACCGAGGACCGGUUGGUGUACCCGGCUUCCCCGGCAAUGAUGGUGCAUCUGGUCGACCCGGAGAGCCUGGACCACCCGGUCAACCCGGUUGGGACGGAUGUAAUGGUACCGACGGUCUAGCUGGUCUACCUGGACCGGCUGGUGCACCCGGUUUGCCUGGAUUCCCUGGUACGCCUGGAUUGCCUGGCGCUAAGGGAGAACCGGCUAUUGGCUAUGCUGGAGCGCCUGGAGAGAAGGUAGGUUGCGCGGGCUGCGGGGGACAUGUUAUACGAAGGAAUGUGUUUUUGGACUUUUUGGGUUUGUAAAGAAAGUUUUUGCCAUUUUUUGUUUUGUAAAGAAAGUUCUUGCCAUUUCAUAAUUUUAAAAAUUUCAGGGAGACGGCGGUAUGCCAGGUAUGCCCGGCUUGCCCGGAGCCCCGGGCCGCGACGGAAUGCCCGGUGAUAAGGGAGAUCGUGGUGACUCGGGACCACCGGGACCACGAGGACCACCUGGAGAGCAAGGUCUGCCCGGAAACCCUGGAAUCGGAUCGAUUGGACCAAAAGGAGACCCUGUACGUUUAACUUUGUCAUAUUUUUGCAUUACACACCCCACAAUCGACCGGUCGAUUCCUUUGACACCACUAUUGCAAAAACUUUCGUUCCACUUGGGUUACACUUGCAAAAACUUUAGUUCCAAUCACGGAAAAUGGAAAAAUAUUUUAUUUUUUAAAUUGUUUUAAAUUUGCAUAAUUUUUAAGUUUUCAUCAUAAAAUUGCACUGUGCAAGGUAAUGUUAUGGAAAACGCAAUAACUUUGUUUCCACCAAACAAAAAAAUUUUUUAUGGUAACAGUGAAACAUCACGCCACAUAUUUUGCAAAAACUUUUUUUCCAACACCUACAUUGAUCAAAAUUCACUUAAAACGCAAAAACUUUAUUUCCACUCUGCACCGUGCAAGACAAAAUUGCAAAUUACGCAAUAACUUUGUUUCCACUGAAGCAAAUACAACUUUUUUGGUCAUAAUAAAAGACCGCGUCACUGAUCAUGCAAAAAUUUUGUUUCCAACACCAACAUUAGCCAAAAUCCACAUAAAACGCAAAAACUUUAUUUCCAUUCCGCACCGUGCAAAACAACCACCUAUCAAGCAAAAACUUUGUUUCCACGCACAAUGCAAAAACUUUCGUUCCACCGCACACUUUCUGUCAAAUUUUUGGACUAAUUUUGCGUCCCCGCGACCAAUUUGUAGGGCGAUUUGGGACAGCCUGGACCACCGGGACCACCUGGACCGCGCGAAUUCACCGGCUCCGGCUCGAUUGUGGGGCCGCCUGGCCGCGAGGGCGAGAAAGGUGCCAAGGUAAUGUGGUUUUUAUUGUUUUAGGGAGAUUACGGUCCACAAGGGCCACCCGGUCCACCCGGACCAGUACCAUCGACCGGUGCCAAAGGCGUCAUUGUUGGGCCUGAGGGCGCGCCUGGCGAGAAAGGAGAGAAGGUUGGAUUCAUAAUUUAUCUACCCCAUACCCCAUACCUCUACCCCUAUCCCUACCCCUAUUCAAGCCCUACCGAUGUAACAUGCCCUGCCCCACAGUAGACCUACCGUAAUCCUACUCUGAGUUACGGUAAUGCCAGGUUUUUUGUCUCACCCCUACCCCUACCAUAUGAUUGUCAUACCCUACUGAUAUAGCGUACUCUGCCCUCCCAUACCUUACCUACAGUAUGCUUAUCGUAACCGUACUCUGAGUUACGGUAAUGCUAUCUCCCCCCCCCCUCCUCUGCCUCUACUCUAGCCUACAAUAGUCUCGAGCUACCGUAACCCUAUCUUACCUUACCCUACACUUAUGUUAAUCUUCUACAUUACUAUGUUAUAUGUAUGUACAUGUAUAUCUACUAUGUAACGCCACCUAAUACAAGUCUUAUAGGGAGAACCUGGAGAUGCUGGAGCCCGCGGUUACCCGGGUAUGGGUGGCCUUCCCGGUCAGCCGGGUUUCCCCGGAAUGAAGGGAGAGAAGGGUCUGCCUGGACCUGCUGGACCUAGAGUAAGUUGUCAUAACUAAAGCUUCAAAAAUAUGGUAUCAUUAGUACCAACAGUACUAUUUUUAUUAUUUUUAUAAUAUUUUUUUUUAAUUUUUGAAAAAAAUAAUGUUUUAUGUGGUGGUACCACUAGUACCAUUUGUACCAAUAGUAUCAACAGUACUAUUUCAAAAAUAUGGUACCAUUAGUACCAGCAGUACCAUUUUUAUAAUAUUUUUUUUUUAUUUUUGUAAAAAUAAGGUUUUUAUGUUGUGGUACCACUAGUACCACUAGUACCAACUGUGCCAACGGUACCAGUAGUACCAUUUUCAAAUUUAAAAAAUAUUUCUAAUUUUUAAAUGUACUUUUACAAAAUUAAAAAAAAAUUAUUUUUGGUACUAUUAGUACCAUUAGUACCAAAACUAGUACCACUAGUACCAAAAUCACUACCACUAAUACCAAAGCCAGUACCACCAAGUACCAUUUAUCAAAAUUUCCAUUUUAGGGUAAAGAAGGUCGUGGCGGCCUGCCCGGACCCCCAGGCUUCAAAGGAGACCGUGGUGUAGACGGCCUACCUGGUAUUCCCGGAGCCAUCGGACCGAAGGGAGAUCAAGGCUUCCCCGGACGUGACGGACCCAAGGGAGAACGUGGACCACCUGGAUUGCCAGGAGGCGGCGAAUUCUCCGACGGACCACCCGGACCACCUGGAUUGCCUGGUAUGAAAGUUUUUGGCUAGCCUAGCUUAAUUUUUUGAUUUUUUGGUUUGUAAAGAAAGUUUUGGUCAUUUUUUGGUUUGGAAAGAAAGUUCUUGCCAUCUUUGCUUUUGUAAACAAAGUUUCUUCUAGGACGCCACGGUAACCCCGGACCACCAGGAAACGAUGGCUACCCAGGCCAACCUGGGCCACCAGGUCCACCCGGCUUAUCCGGCGGCCCUGGACUACCUGGAUUGCCCGGACUAGAAGGUCUGGCCGGACCAAAGGGAGACAAGGGAGAUGGCGGCAUUCCUGGUGCACCUGGAGUACCUGGAUCACCUGGAAUUCCCGGUCCACUUGGCCCCAAAGGUGAACCUGGAUUACGUGGUACUCCGGGCCAAAGCAUCCCCGGACUGCCUGGAAAAGAUGGCCGACCUGGACUGGAUGGAAUGCCUGGACGCAAGGGAGAAAUGGGACUGUCUGGACUACGUGGACCACCUGGAGACUCGUUGAAUGGUCUGCCUGGACCACCAGGACCACGUGGUGUUCCCGGACCAAAGGGUUACGAUGGACGUGAUGGGGCACCUGGCUUGCCUGGACUACCUGGUCAUAAGGGUGACCGUGGUGGUACCUGUUCCCAAUGUGCCCCAGGCGCUAAGGGCGAGAAAGGUCAGGGCGGCUACCCUGGCAUACCUGGACCACAAGGCGAACGUGGAUUGCCUGGUAUUCCUGGCGCACCCGGAGACUCCGGUGAUGAUGGACUACCUGGACCACCUGGACAAACUGGACCACCUGGACCAUCUGGCAAAGAUGGACUACCUGGAAUGCCUGGACAGAAGGGUGAACCAACCCAGCUGGUACUUCGACCUGGACCACCUGGCUACCCUGGAAUGAAGGGAGAGCCUGGAUUCCCUGGACAACCUGGACUACCUGGAGUCGAAGGCAAAGAUGGUGUACCUGGUGCACCUGGGCUACCUGGACCGGCUGGGAUUAAGGUAAGUUUUUGGGCUAGAAAAAGUUACAGUAACCAAAGAUUUUUCGGUACCAUUAGUCCCAAGUGUACCAUUUUCACAAAAAUUUUUAAAAUUUUAGGGCGAGCCUGGACUACCUGGAAUCCCCGGCAAACCCGGCUCAGAUGGCCUCCCCGGUAUGCCUGGACUGAAAGGAGACGCUGGCUAUGGUCAACCCGGACUACCCGGUCUGCCUGGACCAAAAGGAGAUUCCGGCUAUCCUGGACCACCUGGAAUAGAAGGACCACCAGGACCAAUGGGACCACCACCACCACAAGACCUGCUUCAGCCUGGAGAACCGGGACAGCCUGGAUUGCCUGGACUGCCUGGAACGAAGGGUGAGCCUGGAUUCCCCGGUGGAAAUGGAGAGCCUGGACUGCCUGGAUCACCUGGAUUCCCUGGAGCUAAGGGCGAACCUGGUAAGGCUGGUUUUCGGGGAAUUUUUGGCUGUAAAAAAAAGUUCUUGCGGUUUUUAAAAAAAUUAAAAUUUUUUAAAAUUUUUGUAAAGAAAGUUUCUGCACUUUAAAAAAAAGCGGACCGUUUCACAAAUUUUCAAAAAAUAUUGUUAUAGGUAUGCCUGGACUACCUGGAGCCGACGGUCUACCCGGAAUUCCUGGCGAAAAAGGAUUUGGCGGCCAAAAUGGCCUACCUGGACUACCUGGAGCCAAGGGAGAUGGUGGACUACCUGGACUGCCCGGAGCACCUGGAGAGAAAGGAGAACCAGGACAAACCAUUCCUGGCACACCUGGAGCACCCGGCUUCCCCGGACUGAAAGGUGAAGCUGGAUUACCUGGACUACCUGGUCAUCCCGGAGCCGAAGGUCUACGUGGUACACCUGGUAUACCUGGAGAGAAAGGCUUGCCCGGACUAAACGGUCCACCUGGAGCACCUGGAUUCCCUGGACUGAAGGGUGAGCCCGGAUUUCCCGGAAUUCCUGGAAAAGAGGGACCACAAGGACCAGUUGGACCACCUGGAGUGCCCGGUAUUCCCGGAGAGAAGGGCGACGGUGGAUUGCCUGGACUGCCUGGAGUUGAGGGUCAGAAGGGUGAGGGCGGCUUCCCUGGCGCACCUGGGCAAGACGGCUUGCCUGGACUACCUGGACCAAUCGGACCGAAAGGAAACGCUGGCUAUCCUGGAGUGCCUGGAGCUAAAGGCGACGCUGGCUUCCCUGGACAACCCGGCCUAGCCGGAGAACGUGGAAACGAUGGUAUGCCUGGACUACCUGGUAUCCCAGGAGAGAAGGGUGCACCCGGCUUCCCAGGCCAGCCUGGACCAGAAGGAUUAUCUGGUGCACCAGGACCACAAGGUGAAGCUGGACUACCUGGACUGCCCGGACAAAAGGGAGAACAUGGACUGCCUGGACGUGAAGGACCAAAAGGAAAUGGUGGACUACCUGGCCCACCUGGACUUAAUGGUCCUGUUGGUCAGCCUGGCUUGCCUGGAUUCCCUGGAACGAAGGGAGAUGCUGGUACACCUGGCUAUGGAUUGCCUGGAUUGCCUGGAGAGAAGGGACUGCCUGGAAUUCCUGGAAAGCCCGGAAGAGAAGGACCAGUCGGACCACUUGGAUUGGAAGGCCCACCUGGAUUCCCUGGACAAAAGGGCGAUGGAGUAGGUUUAUGCUUUUUUUUAGGCUUAGCCAAUCAGUUUUUUGGCUAAAAAAUUGAGUUUUAGGCUAAAUGGCUCACUAAUAAACCAAAUUUUAGGGCCUACCUGGCUUACCAGGCCAACCCGGAGAAGCCGGCCUACCAGGCCUACCCGGACCAAAGGGUCAAGCUGGUUUACCUGGAUCACCUGGCCUCCCAGGAGGACCAGGCAAAGACGGUCAACCUGGAGCACCUGGAUUCCCUGGAGAAAAAGGCCAAAGUGGACUACCUGGACUGCCUGGAGAACGUGGUGUAGAUGGAUACCCCGGCCAAAAGGGAGAUGCUGGACUACCUGGCCAGUCUGGUCUACCUGGACUGCCUGGAGAAGUGGGACAGCCCGGCGUACCUGGCUUCCCUGGUAUUAAGGGUGACGCUGGACUGCCUGGUCUUAACGGUCAGCCUGGAUUCCCUGGAGAGAAAGGAGACUCUGGCUAUCCUGGAGCCCCGGGACAAGAUGGACUACCUGGAUUGCCUGGAGCUAAAGGAGAAAGUGGACUGCCUGGACCGAAUGGACCACCUGGAAUUGGCUACCCCGGCGCCAAAGGAGAACCUGGACUACCUGGAAUACCUGGCAAAGAAGGCGUACCUGGACUGCCUGGCUCUAAAGGAGAACAAGGACCAGCUGGCUUCCCUGGUCAGCCCGGCUUGAAGGGCGAGUCUGGCCCAACUGGCUUCCCUGGACUGAAAGGAGAGCCUGGAAUGCCUGGAAUACCUGGAAAGCGAGGAGAAGAUGGACCAGCUGGACCACCUGGAGUGCCCGGAUUCCCCGGAGCUAAGGGUGAACAAUGCGAGCCUGGACUGCCUGGUCAGCCUGGUCAAAGUGGAUUACCUGGACUGCCUGGCGCUAAAGGUAAGGAUUGGGGCUUAGGCUUACACUUGGCUACUUGUUAAACUUAGGCUAAAAAGCUAAUAAACCCAAUUUUCAGGUGAACUAGGCCUACCUGGCUUCCCCGGAGCCAAAGGAGACGCCGGCUUCAACGGUGCACCAGGUCAACCUGGCCUUCCUGGACCAAAAGGAGACGCUGGACUACCUGGACUGCCCGGUCCCGAAGGUAUGCCUGGACUAGAAGGACCACCCGGACAGCCCGGUCAACCUGGACCAUCACCACUCACUCAGCCUGGUCAGAAGGGUAUGCCUGGACCACCCGGUCCACCUGGACUACGUGGAGAAAAGGGCUCACCUGGCUUGGAUGGACCUCCUGGACUACAAGGUGUACCAGGUCUGCCUGGUGCUAAGGGUGAGCCUGGCUAUCCUGGAUCACCUGGUUUGAAGGGUGAACUUGGUCAGCCUGGUCUACCUGGAUUCCCUGGAUUGGAAGGUCAACCUGGAUUACCUGGUCCACCUGGUGCUUUGGGUCCACCUGGCCCACCUGGACCGGCCUAUCGUGACGGUUUUGUGGUUGUUACCCAUUCCCAGACCACUCAGGUACCACAAUGCCCUCAGGGUACUCAGAAGUUGUGGGAUGGCUACAGUAUGCUGUACCUGGAGGGUAACGAAAAGGCCCACAGUCAAGACCUGGGCCACGCCGGCUCUUGCCUACCCCGCUUCAACACCAUGCCCUUCCUGUUCUGCGACUUCAACGACGUGUGCAACUACGCCUCCCGCAACGACAAGUCGUACUGGCUGAGUACCGGCGCAGCACUACCGAUGAUGCCCGUAGCCGAGCAGGAGAUCGAGCCCUACAUCUCCAGAUGCUCGGUCUGUGAAGCACCGGCCAACGUGAUCGCCGUCCACUCCCAGUCCAUCCAAAUCCCCAACUGUCCGGCCGGCUGGAGCUCCCUCUGGAUCGGCUACUCCUUCGCUAUGCACACUGGAGCUGGUGCCGAGGGUGGAGGACAGUCGUUGAGUUCUCCUGGAUCGUGUCUGGAAGACUUCAGAACCACACCGUUCAUCGAAUGUAAUGGAGCCAGAGGCACGUGCCACUUCUUCGCCAACAAGUUCAGCUUCUGGCUGACUACCAUCGAUGACAACGAUCAGUUUACUGUAGGUCUUUGUUAUAUAACAGUAAGGUGGGGGAAAAGUGGGAGAUAAGGCGGGGUAGAGCAGUUAUAGGUGUGGGGGCAGGGUAGCUACCGUUUUGACGUUAUAUGGGGGUAGGGUGUGGUAUGGGGGUAGUGCAUGAGAGUAGGGCAUCAAGGCAGGGUAUGGGGUUGGGGUGUGGGAGUAAGGUAGGGUAGGGUAAAAGGGUAAGGUAUAGGGGUACGGUAGGGUAUCGGGGUAAGGUAUGGGGGUGGGGUAUGGGGUAGGGUAUGGGGUUGGGGUAUGGAGGUAAGGUAGGGUAUAGGGGUAAGGUGUGUGGGUAGGGUAUGUGGGUAGGGUAUGGGAGUACGGCAUGGGUAGGGUAUAACGUAUAAAUGUAUUGUAGAGUAUGGGGGUAGAGCGAUGAGGGCCGAGUAGAGCAUGGGUGUAGGCUAGGAAAGGUAGUUUUGGGUAUGGGUUAGACUAUGUAGCAGUGUCUAAAAGUAAGGGUACGGGUAAGGUAUUGGGUAAAAUUUGGGGAUAGGGCAUGGGGGUAGGGUAAGAUAGGGUAUUGGAGUAGGGUCUGAGGUACGAUAUGGGAGUACGGUAUUGGGGCAGAGAAAGGUAUGGAGUAAGGAUAGUAGGGUAGGGCAGGGUAGGGUAGGGUACGGUAGGGUAGAGCAAAACUUAAUUUUUUUUUCAAAAAUUUUUAAAUUUAAAAUUUUUUCAGAUCCCACAAAGCCAGACCGUGAAGGCAGGCAACUCGAGGUCGCGCGUCUCCAGAUGCCAAGUUUGCAUCAAGAACCGAUGA